CCAUUUGGCAGUAUCACGGACAGGUUGACAUUUAUUAUGUUCAUGACACAUAUUUAGACAACGAGUUAACGUUCAUCCAAGAUGGAUGAAGGAAAUCUUGUCCACUGACAUUGGUCCGGGUUCUUAUGAAUGUGAUGAAUCACUGACACUGAAAAGAAACACCAUAAAUACUCCUAAUUUAAAGAAUAAUAUAUCAGGCUGGAAAAGGGAAUAUAAAGUGCAACGUAAUGCCACCAUACCGAAUUUAUUCACUCGAAAUCUAAAACUAUUAAAGGAAGCUCAGCAAAGAAAUCUUGGACCUGGUCGGUAUAACCUAUCAAGAGAAAUGCAAACAAAAGGAACCUCAGAGUUCAUAGGACCCAUAAAUACAACUUCGGCUCGCUUUUCGAAACUCAGAGGAAAUGAUACUCCAGGAAUGGGUACUUAUGGUAUAAGAGGUGAUCCUUAUCUUUAUAAAGAAAUAAUGGACGCGAAACACAAAUCGUGUUGCACAAAGGGCUUAUUAGAAUGUGGUGGGGAUGGAAGUCGUUCGUUACCGUUGACAGGGUGUCAUGUUGCACCAGGUACUUACGAACUAAGUGGUUCGGUACAGAAACUACUGGACAAAAAAACUGGGAAACGCGGACCUUAUGAUUUGAUGACUGGACCGAGGAGUUUUACUUAUACUUCUGAAUAUCCAGAACCAGGAACCUAUUCAUUACCAUCAUUUACAUCCAACCUUUUGCGGCCAGAAAAAAAGUAUACAGGGAUGUUUCGUAGACUUUUAGUUGAUCAAAGAAAAAUGGAUCAGUGCUAUUCUGCUAGGAUGCAAAACGACCUCGUAAAAUCUAAGGUAAGACUAAUGUGCUUGGUAAAUUCUUUUGGUUUUCCAGCAGUUAUUAAAAUUUCUUAGUUGAAUAUUAAGCAAUGAAAAUGUAUUCUAGAUAUGAAAAUCUUAAAUAAAAUAUUAUUUUCGCAAAUAACCUCAGCAUAGUCAAUAAGACUAACAUGUGGAUGAUUCAGUUUACCGUAACACCAGAUGAUAUUUUCAACCACAGUAAGUCAGCUUACUGAAGAAGGUUCAACAGUUCAGAAGCUUAUAACAAAGCCACAAAACUUCAACUAUCCAUUACUUAUUAGCUUCCUUUGCUUAAUUGAUCAUCGCUUAAACAACAUAACAUUCGCUUGUAUGUCUUGUAAAAUUUAUGCAACAAGGUAAUGAUAUUCAUACAAAACAAGAGGAUCAUUAGACCAUAUAGGGAAUAUAAUACUUGAAUUAUGAGCUAGACUACUAGUUAUAAUAUUUUUCCCAUCAUCACGUUUUAUAAAUAUCACGAACCAAUAAUGACAUCUAGUUAUGUUUGUUGGGUUUCGCUUUAUUUUUUUAAAGAUAGGACCGGGAUAUUAUGAUCCAAAAUAUCUAGAUGACAAGGAUAAAAGUUUUAAUCAUCAAGCCCCCCCAUUUUUGUCCAGCGCCUCUCGUAAUUCACACUCAAUAUUUGUCAAUAGACAGAGUCCAGUAGGUCCUGGACGUUACAAUUCAGAAAGUUAUGAUCGAUCACGGUGUAUAUGGGGUGCUAUGUGUUCAUUUGACUCUACCUCGUCUGCACGUUUAAGUCUAAAAGAAACUUCACAGUUAAGAGAGAGAUUACGUCCACUCAAUGUUACAUUUAAUGAAAAGUCACUUAUCAACAACAACAGAUCACGUGCUAUCCCACUGAUAGCUUAAUUGUCAAAGCUACAAAUGGAAGUAACGCACACUUUAAAUUGUUA